AGGGGCCCGGGCGGAGGGAGCGGCGGGGCUGCGCGCACGCUGGGGCGCGUGGAGGGGUGCAGAGGGCGAAAUGAGUCUGGUAGGGGGUUUUCCUCACCACCCGGUGGUGCACCAUGAGGGCUAUCCGUUCGCCGCUGCUGCCGCCGCAGCCGCCGCCGCAGCCGCCAGCCGCUGCAGCCACGAGGAGAACCCCUACUUCCAUGGCUGGCUUAUUGGCCACCCCGAGAUGUCGCCCCCUGACUACAGCAUGGCCCUGUCCUACAGCCCCGAGUAUGCCAGCGGCGCCGCCGGUCUGGACCACUCCCAUUACGGGGGAGUGCCGCCCGGUGCGGGGCCUCCUGGCCUGGGGGGGCCGCGCCCGGUGAAGCGCCGGGGCACCGCCAACCGCAAAGAGCGGCGCAGGACUCAAAGUAUCAACAGCGCCUUCGCCGAACUGCGCGAAUGCAUCCCCAAUGUGCCCGCCGACACAAAACUCUCCAAGAUCAAGACGCUGCGCCUGGCCACCAGCUACAUCGCCUACCUCAUGGACCUGCUGGCCAAGGACGACCAGAACGGCGAGGCAGAGGCCUUCAAGGCAGAGAUCAAGAAGACAGACGUGAAAGAGGAGAAGAGGAAGAAGGAGCUGAAUGAAAUCUUGAAAAGCACAGUGAGCAGCAACGACAAGAAAACCAAAGGCCGGACGGGCUGGCCACAGCACGUCUGGGCCCUGGAGCUCAAGCAGUGAAGAAGAGAAGGAGGAGAGAGCGAGUGAGUCGGGUCCAAGGCGCCAGAAGCAGACCCAGCACUCCGGGCAAGCCCUCGGGCUCCGCUCUGAGGACUUCUUGCAUUUGGAUCAUCUGGUUUAUUUAUGUGCAAUUUCCUUCCCCCUCUCUUUGGCCCCCUUUGAGGCAUCCGCUCCCCACCUCCCCCUCCAAAAAAAAAAGUGGAUAUCUGAAGAAAAGCAUUCCGUAUUUUAAUAUGAAGAGGACACUCCUGCGUGGUAAGGGAUCCCGUCGACUCCUAGAUUCUCUGUGUGUGAAUGUUCCCUCUUGGCUGUGUAGACACCAGCAUUGCCCCCUCCUUGCCCACCCAGCUCCUUCCAGAUAAAGACAGCGGACACUAGUGCGUGUGUGAAGUGUAUUCUUAAUACUUGGCCUUUGGAUAUAAAUAUUCCUGGGGAUUAUAAAGUUUUAUUUCAAAGCAGAAAACAGGGCCGCUAACAUUUCCGUUGGGGUUGGCAUCUAGUGCUGUUGUUUCAUAUGUGGUGUUCCCUAUUCAAAGAUGUUUCCAACAGCUACUUGUUUGUGCACUUCCGUCCUCUAAAACUAAGUGGAAUUUAAUUAAUAUUGAAGGUGUAAACGUUGUAAGUAUUCAAUAAACCACUGUGUGUGUUUUUUUUACAAAA